ACGUUAAUCAAAGCCGCCAAGGAGGAGAUCCCACAGUUCCCAAACACUUCUGGUCCCAGGCGUUUCGGGAAGAGGGACGCUCGAGCCGCUGGAACCCAGGAGCGCGCCACUUCCUGCUUUUCCCGCCCCGCCCCCGUGACGUCACGCAUCACGUCGGGCGGUGACGCAGCGCGGCCAACCUACGGCACGCCAGUUGUGACCAAGAUCAUCACAAGCGGAGGCGACGGCUCCCCCCCGCCCGAGACCCCUAAAGCAAAUGAACUAAUUUGUUUUACUGCAACUCUGGCUUUGCUGUCUUCAUUAAGGAUGGAUACAGAAAAAAAUCAGAAUUAUGAAGGUGAUGAGAAUGUACAAAAUGAAUUAGUACAAGAAGUUGUUGAAGAUAAGUUAGCUGAAAAAGCUGACAGAGCACCUUCCUGUUCCUCACAAAUAAACACAUUUUCAACCGGGGAACAGGAAAACCCAGGGGAAAAGGCUGUUGAGAAAGGCAUGUCUAAAAGGACAUUAUCCACAUCAGCACAUGAAGACUUCAGUGAAACAAACAGCCUUGAAAGUCAACCUCUCUUAAAAAGAGUAAAACUGGCUGCUGAAAAACAUGUGAAUGAAGGCAGAACAUCUAAUGGCAAAAUAUGUGAAGAUUCUCUUGAUGAAACUAAUAAUACAACAGAUGAAACUGUGGAAAGUGUAGCUACAAAUGCCUGUCCUGAGAAUGAUGCAUUUAUUUCAAAUGCUUUAUGCAUGCAGCAUGAUCUUGUGCCUGAAGGUGAUGAUAUUGUACAAGGAAUUCAUGUUGUAAGUGAACAUUCCCAAGAAGUUUCAACACAGCUUCUAGAACACAUAUCAGCUUUUCCAAACAAUGAAACCAGCAUUAGCUGUAGCAGCAGUAACACUGAAAAUGUUUCAAAAUGCAAAGCCUGUGAAGAGACUUUUGCCACCCCACCUGAUUUACAAAAGCACAUUCAAGAAAGCCACCUAAAGCAAGUUCACAGUGUGAACCCAUACUGUAUUUCUCAGUCACAACAUGCUCCAACUUUGCAAAUGUGUGUCAAACAGAUGUCUGGUAAAUUUAGAUAUUUUUGUGAUCUCUGUGGUUUUCAGACUUUUGAGGAAGAUCUCCUGAGGACUCAUUUUCUUGGCAAGACUCAUCUCCGCCGGCAAAACCUUGCUGCCCGGGGAGGGUUUGUAAAGAUGUUAACAAAAAAACCAUUUCAUAAAAAACAGCAGCACCCAGUCAAAGAAAAGAAUGUGAGAACAAUAGUUGCCCUUAACAAACCAAAGAUACAGAGUAGAGUUGCAAAUCAAUUAAGAAUGUCAAGCAAUAAGAUGAAGAACCUAAAUGCUAGCUGCAAACUUUUUGUUGAAAUGGUCCCGUCUAAACAUAUUUCCUCAGGAACAGCAGAGAGUAUUAACAAUGAGGAAGCAUUUGUUUGCAAUGUGGAUGGAAAGAUUAAUGCCCAGACAGACAAGCCAGAUGUUUCAGGGUCCUUGGACUGCACUCCACGUGUAUCAGAACCUGCUGAAAGUGGCCAGGAGACAUUUGGCCAUUUAAACACCACAGGGACAUUUGAUGGGUUCCACCAUAAAAAGCCUAUCUUAUCACGAAGAGUAACUUUCAGAAAAAGUGGUUCCUUCAGAUUAAACCAGCAGAUAAAAAAACGAUAUAAUAUUUUGGGCAUGGGUAGAAGGAGCAAGCACAGUAUUAGGGGAGAGAUCAGUCACAGUGAUUUAUCACAGGUCAAAGAUUUACAAAUCAAAAGUGUUGAUAACCCUUUGUGCAAAGCUGCCUCUGAAACGCAAGCAGUUGAUCCAGGUGGAACAAAUACAUGUUCUUCUGUCAUCCUGGAACUUGAGGAUAUUCCAAAGAAAGCUGUUAAUAUCCAAAAGGGUCUAAAUCCUUGCACUCACUGUUUAUUGAAUUUGCCUAAGUCAGAAGGUUUGGAAUUGGAUAUUGAUAGAGCUAAUACUAAAGAAGUUACAUUUUAUUGUCAAACAUGUAGUUAUUCCUGUGCAACCAGAGAGGAAAUAGAAUUACAUUGUGAAAAGAAUAGUCACAAUAUUUGUGAGCAAAGGAGCAAUUGUCCCCACUGUCCAUCUUUUACUCCAAAUGAUAUCAGCUUUGGAAGAUACCUGUGUGAUAAACAUGGUGUGUCCCACUACUGUGUUACUUGUCAAAUGUAUUUUCUAAGUGAUGAAGAAGUGACGGUUCAUAAUGAAACUGAGCAACAUAUUAGCUUAUUAGCUCAACAAAAUACUGCUAAAAGUGAUUUGGCUCUGCAAAUAUCAUCUUCUACUAUAGCAGAAUCAAAUAUUCUUCCAAAGGUGCAAGAAGUGAAAAUACAGCAAGAAAUCUCCAAGCCUUCUACAGUACAUCCUGACUAUGAGUCCCAGGAGUCUGUUCUGAGCAGAAGCCAAUUUCAGUGUAAAAAAUGUUUUUAUAAAACAAGGUCUGCCUCUGUUCUUACAAGACACACAAAACUUAGACAUGCACAGGAGUAUCAUUUCCUUUGUAAAGCAUGCAACCUCUACUCAUUAAGCAAAGAAGGAAUGGAAAAACACAUCAGAAGAAGUAAACACCUUGAAAAUGCGAGAAAAAAUAAUAUUGGUUUACGGUUUGAGGAAUGUAUUGAAAAGGUAUGUGUUGGUACAAAUGAUAGUAAAAAAGUAACAGAAGGUCUGCAUGUACCUUACUGUACACUGGAGAAUGUAUUAGUCAAUAAGGAGCUGUUUACAUCAAGAGAAAUGAUGAAAGACCAUGCGUUGGUUCUGGGCACUGUACAAAAGAGAGGUAGACCCAAAGGAACUAUUUCUCGGACAUGCUCUUAUUGUGGUUUGUUGGCGUCCAGUGUUACCAAUUUAACUGUUCACAUUCGUCGAAAGCAUAGCCACCAGUACAGUUAUUUAUGUAAAGUUUGCAAUUAUUACACUGUAACUAAAGGUGACAUGGAACGCCAUUGUGCUACAAAGAAGCAUAAAAACCGUUUAGAAGUUGGCGGGGGAGAAAAUGUAGACAUCAUUGUUUGCCCAGAAAGAGGCAAUGGUGAAAACUGUAGUAAGAAGAUAAAUAGCCCAGUAGGAAGUUUGAAUGAAUCAGUUGACUAUGGCAAUCAGUCUUCACAUUCAGAAAAUGCUGUUUUGGAAAGGCAGGGUAGUACUAUCCCAAUACAAGUUGAAAAUGUGAUUCAACUUCCUGAAUUGGAUAUCAAUAGGAACUCUUUGGAAAUAAAACAGCAUGUAAUUGCAGAACCAGGUAAUAUUAGUCAAGAUAGAGAUUUGUUGGUUCAAGCAAGACUUACAAGUACAAAUGAUAACAGUUGUGCUCACUGUGACUUUGUUGCACACUCUUUUACUUCACUGGAUAUGCAUAUAAAGCGCAAACAUACAAAAGAAUUUGAAUACUAUUGCAUGGCCUGUGACUACUAUGCAGUUACGCGUCGAGAGAUGAUUAGACAUGCAACAACAGAGAAACAUAAAAUUAAAAGACAAUCUUAUAUAUGUACUUCCUCUGGAGAGGAGACAGAGCCGGCUGAUAUUGCCAAAGAAACUGCUAUUGUGUCUGAAGAAGAGCAGCUACCCACAGAAGAAUUUCAGAUUAUAGCAGGUAAAACGAAACACAAAAAUAACAUUGAGGAGAAAAGUCUGAAAAAGCAGAAUAAUUACUUGGUUGCAGAGGAUAAUGCUACUUCCAAGAUUCCUAGAGAAAGUUAUGUUUUUGAUGGUGCGGAUAAAAUGUGCCAAAAAAAUGUAAAACCUGGUGAGAUUAUUACACUUAAAGAAACAAUUCACUGUGCACUAUGUGAAAAUAUAGAUGAUCAUGAAACUGACAAGUCAGAGCUUCAUUUUACAGUGGAAAGUGGAAAUGCAAACAUAGCUUUUAUUGAAGAAUCUCCUACAUCAAGUUUGGUGAAAAAUAAACAGAAGCUGGGGAAAGACGCUGAAAAAACAUAUGAAAGUACUGAGAUACCUGCUGAGGGAGUAAAAAUAGAAGAAACACAGUUGUUUGUACUUUCAGAAACAUGUAGCACACUAGAACAGCAAAAUGUUGAUGAAUAUAUUGAAAAAACUAUUCAAAAUAUGCAUAAUUUACAGGAACAAAAAAGCAUCCCGCAGAGUUCUACUACAGAGGAGGAGGAUACCCUGAUAGAUGCACAACGUGAAGCAGAAGUAUCUUUAAAUAACAUUUGGGGUACAGAUGGCUCAGUUGUUGAAGGCAUGCAGGAAAAUAAUGAGGCUUUGGAUACUUAUACUAGUGCUGCUGAUAGGGGGAAGGAGGCAGUGGCAGGGCAAAAUUUUGGUCAGUUUGAUUCAUCUAUUGUAAAAUUGAAAAGCCCUGAAGAUGGUUGUGAGCUAAUUGAACCUGUUACUGAUGGACAGUAUUUGAGUGGACAGAAAGUUUAUGAGAGACCUUUGGAAAUGGAUGCCUCACAAGUUAGUGCAAAGAGGAAGAAAUCUGAAGGACAUCCCAGUAGUGAGUCUGUACGCAUUCGCUGUGAUGACUGUGGCUUUUUAGCUGAUGGUUUGGGCGGACUAAAUGUUCACAUAGCUAUGAAACAUCCAUCAAAAGAGAAACAUUUCCACUGUUUACUGUGUGGAAAGUCAUUUUACACAGAAAGUAGUCUUCACCAGCACCUGGCUAGUGCUGGUCACAUGAGAAAUGAACAAGCAAGUGUUGAAGAACUGCCAGAAGGGGGUGCCACCUUUAAAUGUGUUAAAUGCACAGAGCCUUUUGAUUCUGAACAAAAUUUAUUUCUUCAUAUUAAAGAACAACAUGAAGAAAUGCUCCGGGAAGUCAAUAAAUACAUUGUUGAAGAUACUGAGCAAAUCAACCGAGAGAGAGAAGAAAACAAGGGCAAUAUAUGCAAGUAUUGUGGGAAGAUGUGCAGAAGUAGCAACUCCAUGGCAUUCCUAGGUCAUAUUCGUACUCAUACAGGAUCAAAGCCAUUCAAGUGCAAGAUUUGCCACUUUGCAACAGCUCAGCUAGGAGAUGCCAGAAACCAUGUCAAGAGGCACCUUGGGAUGAAGGAAUACAAGUGUCACAUCUGUGGGGUGGCAUUUGUAAUGAAGAAGCACUUAAAUACACACCUGCUAGGGAAACAUGGAGUCGGCACACCAAAAGAAAGGAAAUUUACAUGCCCCUUGUGUGACAGAAGUUUCACAGAGAAGUGGGCAGUGAUUAAUCAUAUGAAACUUCAUACAGGAGAGAAGCCAUACAAAUGCACAUGGCCCACUUGCCAUUAUUCCUUCCUCACAGCAUCAACCAUGAAAGACCACUAUAGGACUCAUACAGGCGAGAAGUCAUUCCUAUGUGACCUUUGUGGCUUUGCUGGCGGGACACGUCAUGCCCUCACCAAGCAUCGAAGGCAGCACACAGGAGAGAAGCCAUUCAAAUGUGAUGAAUGUAACUUUGCUUCCACCACCCAAUCCCAUCUGACACGGCACAAACGUGUCCAUACUGGAGAAAAACCAUACAGAUGUCCUUGGUGUGACUACAGGUCCAACUGUGCUGAAAAUAUCCGCAAGCAUAUCCUGCACACCAGCAAACAUGAAGGAGUGAAGAUGUACAACUGUCCUAAAUGUAAAUAUGGAACCAAUAUUCCAGUGGAAUUUCGUAAUCAUCUGAAAGAACUGCAUCCCGAUAUUGAGAACCCUGACCUUGCUUAUCUGCAUGCUGGCAUAGUUUCUAAGUCCUAUGAAUGUCGACUGAAGGGCCAGGGAGCUACAUUUGUGGAAACCACAAGCCCCUUUACCACAGCAGCUCUGGAAGAAAUUUCUCCAGCAAUUGAUAAAGUUCUUCAUAGUGGGAGGAAACAUCCACAAUCCACUGAACAAGUUCAGCAAGUCAUCAUUAUUCAAGGAUAUGACAGUGAUUUUGUAAUGGAUGCCUCAGUGGAGGAAACAGCAGCAGCUACGCUUCAGACUCUGGCAAUGGCUGGCCAAGUGACAAGGGUUGUUCAUAUUACUGAAGACGGACAAGUGAUAACUACAAGUCAAAAUGGGUCCCAUGUGAGCAGCAUGAUUCCAGAACAAUUACUCACAGAACAGCUGUCAGAUGGGAAAACACAAGUGGUGGUUGUUGAAGGACCUCUAGGUGGAUCCGAUAUGGAAGAUGCUGUUUCCAUAGAGACAGCUUCAGACUCCAGUAAUAUCAUGGUCCAACAGAUAAUGACACAAGAAAUGUUAGAUUCAUCGGUAGUUACCAGAGUACAUCCGCCUGAGUCUGCCUCAGCAUUGGAUGCCUUGCUUUGUGCCGUAACAGAGCUUGGUGAUGGAGAGAACAAAGUAGAACACCUGGAUAGGGAACAGCUUAGUUGUAAAGAAGCAACACAAAUAUUAAACCCAGAAGCAGACCUUGCCUCUAAUGACAGCACAUCACAGGAAACACAAGUGUUCCAUGAUGUUCAAUCAGCUGAAUUAGACACAGAAUCCAUGGAAGUAGUAACACAACUUGUGCGCCCAUCUACGAUAAUUGCAUCUCAGGAAAGAGGUCAGGUUGCCUUCAAGAAGAUGGUUGAAGGAGUCCUCCAGUUUGCUGUGUGUGACACAGCUGCAGCAGACCAGCUCAUGAAGGAAGGUGUCACUCAAGUCAUUUUGAAUGAGGAAGGAACUGUACAUAUGGUGGCUAGAGAAGGAUCUCAGAUAAUAAUGCAAGAAGCUGGUGGUCAAACCCUGAGCGUCCAAAGUGAACACGUGGACUUGGUUGGGUCUGAUGGACAAAUUUCCCAGAUCAUUGUCACUGAGGAAAUUGCUCAAGCAAUGCUCCCAGAUUCUAAUAGCAAUUUUUCUGAUGGGGCAACCCAUUACAUUGUAACAGGGUUACCACAACAAACAGAAGACGAAUCUGGAGUAUAUUCACAUACUGUGAUAGAGACCAAUGAGCCACAAGAGAUUUUGCAAGGCAGCCCAGAUAUAAAUUCCAAUAAUGUAUCAUCCAAUGGAAAUGAUGAGCACAUAGCUAGUAUGGUUAUAUACACAGAGGAUGGUUCACAAACAGCUAUUAUUCAAAGCCAAAGAGAUAGCAAUGAACUAUAAGGAACAUGAAAGAACUCCACCUAAUACAUUUGACAGCAGGCAGUGUUAAACACUGGGUGCCUGAAGACACUAUAUUUGAUUUUUAAUUUGGAAAGUAUUCUUGAAUGACAUUUCUCCAUCUAUCUUGGUGUUCAACACAUUCUUUAUGAAGUUAGCAUCACCAGCUGGGAAAGGGAAAUCUUUUUGUUUUGCAUGAAUGACAGUUUGACCUGGUUACAAAUAUUGAAAGGUUUACAAAAUAAAAUCAAAAUGGGGAUAGAUGCCACUAACACACAUAUCAAUUUAAUUAUUUUCACUGGAAUGGAUUAUUUGGGGUUUAUUUUGUUUGUCAUCAGUUUGUUGUAUUCUGAUUCUGUAGCAUUAACUUUGUCCUUUUUUUUAAAUUAAUUAUGUUAAACUUGACUUGUUUGACUUUGCAUAUGGAGAGCAAACUAAAUAUUCACGCACUGGUAUAACCUAUCUGAGAGAUGGAAUGACAAGUCCUAGAUUAAAUUUGCAUUUUACAUUCACAUUAGUUUUACCAUCUCAAAUGACCAGCCAUGACUCCUUUUGAAAACUCAGUGUUCCCAAUGAAAUAAUUUUGACAUGUUUCAUUUGCCUUUCAUUUAACAUAUGAGGCUUUUUUUUCAUUUUCCAACCAUUAAAGGAGAGCCUGCUGUAAUCAACAGUUACUAACACCUUAUGUGAAGUAUUUACACAAUAAAACCUAUGCUUCAGAAAGAUCUUUAUGCUUAUAAUUUCAAUUUAAUUUUAUAUAAAUGACUUUGUCACUGAAAAUGUUCAUUCAUGUUUUGGUUUCCUUAAUAGCCCUUCACAUAUAUACCAUUCUGUAGUUCAUUAUUUGAAUCAAUUUUUUUGGAAACAGUUGAGAUCUUGUGCAUAUAAAAUUUGGCCAUUGACCUUAACAAGUGGAAGAGUAUUGACCUGGCAUCUCUUUCUGUUAUCUACUUCUGGAUAGGUUCUGACUAUUCAGUGUAAGGUCCUAUUGAAAAUAGGCAGUUUUGUGAUUUAAAUAUUUCUCUUUAACCUAAGAAAUGUUAACUAUGAAACGGAUGGAGUUUUGUUGUUGUUGUUUACAAUAAAAUGAAAGAAUGAAAA